AUGGGACGUACAAAGGGUUCCGAAGCAGGUAAUUUGUCGGUUACAAAGCGUGGCAUGAAAGGUAGCAAAGAUCGCGGAGUUUCGGUAACUGCAAAAAGUGGCUUCGAUGGGCCAUUGAAUGCUCCAUGGCGUAAAACAGUAUCCAUCUUCAAGCAACCUGUUACGUUGGUACAUACGACAAGUCGUGAAACGAAGAAUCCCACAAAUGAGCAGUUACGACGUGUUUGUGCAUCAAGUAAUAUGAGAAAUAAGGUUGAUAAACCACGACAGUUAUAUUGGGCUAAAUCAUUAGAAAAGCUGUGUGCAAUGGUGCCAGUUUGUAAUGCCGACCGCAUAACAAUUGAUGGUAAUGAGCAUAUUGCUCAUAGGUUGGAUCUAGCCGGUAAAAUGGAACCGGCUUUAGGAAUUAUUGGUACUGAUGGUUCGGCAGCAUCGUUAUGCUCUGCACUGCACGGAUUUGGCGCAUCAGUUAUUACUGGACAAACUGCUGCUAAAAAGCAGCUCGAUUCAAAUCCAUCAUCUAAUACAAAUGUUGACCAGCCAUUUAUCCAGCCUGUAUCAGUCAGUGAGCAAGAUAUUCAGCAUCAAGAGCGGCGUGUUUUGGAUAUGCGUAAAAGAUUGCAGGAGGCCCGUAAGCAUUUUCACAUGUAA